CUUUGCUUGAUAGUUCAAAAAAUAAACUUACAUUAUUCAAAUUGGGCGUACAAAAAUGUUUCAGCGAUUUUUCUGUGUAGUCGCAUUCAUUGUAGUUCUAACAGGAAUAUCAUAUUGUAAUUGCUAUGAUUUCGAUGAAUAUACAAAAAAUUCCGAUUAUAUCUGGCCGAGAAACUAUCCUGAAGAUACCAAUGAUGACAAUGAUAAUGGCAUAAUUCAUAAUAAUAAAUUAAAUAAUUGGCUUGGAGUUGAUGAUGACAUUGAAGACAGCGUUGAUGUUGGUGGCGAUGAUGCGGACGAUAAAUCCGAUGAGUGUACACCCGGCCAAGUGUUUCACCUGAAUACCAAUAAUUUUAAUCUGAUAACCAAUACUGGAAGAUUUUUUAUAAUGAUCUUUAAGUCCCCUACCAGCUACACUGACGAACGAGCCAAAAUGAGAUGGGAUCAGCUAGCCGAACAACUGAAACAAAACGCCACCGUUUGUAUUUCGAAUUUGGACUGCGCAAAAUCGAAAGAAGUAUGUCACGAUCUAAAAAUUAAAGCUCGUCCGACUUUUUUGUGGUAUCAAAAAGGCCACACAUCUCGCUCCUAUAAUGGCGAUCACGAAGUGGCGCCCCUGAAACACUUUAUCGAGCAAAUGAUAGAGUCAAAUGGAACAUUUAUCGAAAAGUCAGGAGCAAGGUCAAGGAGCUAUCUAACGAUGAAUACGAGUAUUAUCAUACUUUUUCUCAACUAUUUGGCCAUGUAGCUACAAAUCUUUGUUUCAAAUUAAAUUUUUGAUAAAUAAACUCUGUUUGUUACGUAUUUGUAUGUGCUCAGAAUUAAGGAUCAAAUAUUGUAUAUCGAACUUUGUUAAUAAUGACAUGUAACUACCAAGUUGUAUUUUAGAUACAUAUAUGUACAAACUCUGCGUUUAUUGUCCUUUAUCUACUGAAUGUGGUACAUAUCUAGUUGAACAAAAUCAGCCGUGAAAUAUAUGACAAGAAUAUAUGAAAAACCUAACGAAAAUGUUUCGACGAUCUUUAUUUAUUGCUGUACUCAUAUGCAUAAAUCUGAUAGAGCUAUCAUCAUUAUCAGAAGUAGAGGACCUCAAGCAAUCAAUCGACUGGAGUACCGAAGAUUUUGCAACAAAUCUGAAAAAGAAGAAUCUCAUAGUCGAGUUCUAUAUAACGCUCUGCCAGAGCUGUAAUAGUUUAUACAGCAUAUUGUGGAAGCUGAUGGGUAUCCAAAAUAUAGCCAGUACAAGCCUUGCCAUUGGCGCCAUAAACUGUUCCGUAUACGAGUCAUUUUGCAUUAGUAAUAAUGUCACAACGUAUCCGACUCUGCUGUACUUUGAGAAGGAUGAUGGUGUUCCAAAGAAAUCGUACAAUCUGAGCACCUUUAUGUCCGAGAAAACCCUCGUGAAAAAAGACGAUGCCGACCAAAACGUAACGUCCGAUGAUUGUAAGCUAGGUGAAGUCUAUCCAUUGACCAACAAAAAUUUCGAUUCAAGUACUAAAAGUAGGAAUUUCUUUGUCAAAUUCUUUCAACCAAGCUGCGUAUUCUGCAUCGCCAUAAAACAGGUGUGGAUUGAUCUAGCCACCGAACUGAAGCAGGAAACGGCUGUUUGCAUUGGGGAGCUCGAUUGCUCAGAUUUCAAAGAGACAUGUGCCAAAUAUCAUAUAACCGCUGUACCAAAGAUGAUCUGGUUUGGUAAUGGCAAUGCCAUUAGGGUCUAUAACGGUGGUGGAAGAUUGAACUUAAUGAAGCGUUUUGUUCUAGAUAUGAUUGACAAUAACGGCACGAUGCCAGCUCACCGUAUUUCAGCUGCAAAACGUUAUCCAUGUUAUCCAAAAAGAAUUUUAGUUUAUAUCAGCAUUUUGGGAUUUAUCCAAAAUUAUUUGUUUAUUUGGAUCCAAUAAAAAGUAUACCUAUCAAAGCUAAAGACUU